AAUAUUUUGACUUCUGAGACAAGUCACUUUUCGAAAUGAAUACUGGAAUCUUCGUGCGCUCAUAAUAUAAUCAAAAAUGCAUAUACUAAAACUGGUAAAAAGUCCUAGUGCCCUAACAACCUAUUCAAAAUCCAUAUCAGAGCUGUACAGCCUUUCUACACGUGCGAACGUCCAGUUAACCUCAAAUUGCGGUCUAAUUCGAGCAGUGCCCCAAACCAGGUUUCUAAGCAGUUUAAGGAGCGCCCACACGAGCAACUUCCUGAAAAGAACUUGUCUCAAUACAAAAUUUCUAACAGGUGUAAGGUUUUACGUAAGCAAAGAGAGUGAUGAUGAGCAUCGAGGGAAUUCUGAGGAACAUUUUAAUCCACAGUUGCCGGCUACUGUAGCAGUGCCUGAUGUGUGGCCUCAUGUUCCCGUUAUUGCAAUCAACAGAAACAUUGUCUUUCCCAGGUUUAUAAAGCUCAUUGAGUUAACUAACCCACAACUCAUUGAAUUAAUCAGGAGAAAAGUCAAGUUGAACCAACCAUAUUGUGGUAUAUUUUUGAAAAGAGUUGAGGACAAUGAGUCUGAAGUUGUAUCAUGUAUUGAUGAUGUAUAUAAUGUGGGAGUGUUUGCUCAAAUUCAUGAGAUGCAGGAUUUGGGAGAUAGGCUAAGAUUAGUAGUGAUGGCACAUAGAAGAAUCAAAAUUACAGGACAAAUUAUUGAAAAUGAUGACAAAAUUAAAGAAAUGAAACUACGUUUCCCACCAUUUAAUACAACAAUGAACGUAUUUGUAGACGAGGCGGAAAGUGAAAAGCGUAGACGAAACAAUCGACACAAGAACCGGAUGAAGAAACCUGGUUCAGACGCGAAACCCACAGUCGAAUCUAAAGCUGAGGAUGCAGGAGGCGAAAAGAAACCUCUGGGUGAAGGGUUACUUAUGGCUGAAGUGGAGAAUGUAGUGCAUAACAAAUUUAGACAAACAGAGGAAGUUAAGGCAUUAACACAGGAGGUGAUAAAGACAAUUAGGGACAUUAUAAGCUUAAAUCCAUUGUACAGGGACAGUUUGCAACAAAUGAUGCAUCAGGGGCAAAGAGUAGUUGACAAUCCAGUAUACCUAAGUGAUUUAGGUGCAGCUUUGACUGCUGCAGAGGGUAAGGAACUACAAGAGGUUUUGGAAGAAGUUGAUAUUCCAAAAAGACUGAUGCUGUCAUUGUCUUUACUGAAAAAAGAAUAUGAACUUUCAAAGUUACAACAGAAAAUUGGAAGGGAAGUAGAAGAGAAAGUGAAACAACAUCACAGAAAGUACAUACUGCAGGAACAACUAAAAGUAAUUAAAAAGGAAUUGGGAUUGGAAAAAGAGGAUAAAGAUGCAAUUGGUGAAAAAUUCAGAGAAAGAAUUAAGGACAAAGUUUUGCCAGCAGCAGUUCAAACUGUAAUUGAUGAAGAAUUGAACAAAUUGAAUUUCUUGGAAGGACACAGUUCUGAAUUUAACGUCACUCGAAAUUACCUUGAUUGGUUGACAUCAUUGCCAUGGGGAAUUCAGAGCCAAGAAAAUUUGAACAUUAAAAGAGCUUCUGAAAUCUUAGAUGAAGAUCAUUAUGGCAUGGAAGACAUUAAGAGGAGAAUUUUGGAAUUUAUUGCAGUAAGUCAACUUAAAGGAAGUACUCAGGGAAAAAUCUUAUGCUUCCAUGGCCCUCCUGGUGUAGGAAAAACGAGUAUUGCGCGUUCAAUUGCUAGAGCUCUAAAUAGAGAGUAUUUCCGAUUCUCAGUAGGAGGAAUGACUGAUGUGGCUGAAAUUAAGGGACAUAGAAGAACAUAUGUAGGCGCGAUGCCUGGCAAAGUAAUCCAGUGUCUUAAAAAAACCAAGACUGAAAAUCCUCUAAUACUUAUAGAUGAAGUUGAUAAAAUCGGAAAAGGUUAUUCAGGAGAUCCAAGUUCAGCACUCUUGGAAUUGUUAGAUCCAGAACAGAAUGCCAAUUUCCUAGACCACUAUUUGGAUGUUCCCGUCGAUUUGUCUAAAGUUUUGUUCAUUUGCACUGCCAAUGUUGUGGAAACAAUUCCAGAACCGCUGAGGGAUCGUAUGGAAAUGAUUGAUAUGUCCGGAUAUGUGGCUGACGAAAAAUUGGCAAUUGCAAAACAGUAUUUACUUCCUCAGGCCAUGAAGGACAGCGGAUUAAAAGCUGAACAUAUAACUGUCUCUGAUGAUGCACUUGGGGUCUUGAUCAAGAAUUAUUGCAGGGAAUCCGGAGUUAGGAAUUUACAAAAGCACAUUGAGAAGGUUGUACGAAAAGUAGCAUUUAAGGUAGUAAAGGAAGAAAACGCAUAUGUACCGGUGGACAAAACGAAUUUAUCCGAAUUCGUAGGUAAACCUGUGUUCACACAAGACAGAAUGUAUCCAAUUACGCCACCUGGAGUUGUUAUGGGACUGGCUUGGACAGCAAUGGGUGGUUCGACAUUGUACAUUGAAACAACCACAAGGAGGCUGCCAACUGAUAAAGAAGUGGAGGGAUCAUUAGAACUGACAGGUCAUUUAGGUGAAGUAAUGAAAGAAUCUGCAAAAAUCGCACUGACGGUUGCACGAAACUUCCUGAACAAGUGCGAUCCUGAUAAUAAAUUCUUGCUUAAUAGUCAUUUGCAUCUACAUGUUCCUGAAGGAGCAACACCAAAGGAUGGUCCAAGUGCGGGCUGUACUAUUGUCACUGCCCUGUUGUCUUUAGCCAAAAACGAACCAAUUAGACAAGAUUUGGCAAUGACAGGUGAAGUCUCAUUAAUGGGAAAAGUGUUGCCAGUAGGUGGCAUAAAAGAAAAAACAAUUGCGGCCAAAAGAUCUGGUGUGAAAUGCAUAAUCCUUCCUGAGGAAAACAGAAAGGAUUUCAAUGACUUGCCAUCAUUUAUUACUGAUGGAAUUGAGGUCCAUUUUGUUAGUCAAUACAAUGAAAUUUAUGAUAUUGUAUUUGACAAAAGCAAAGAGGCUGGAAAAGCAUAGGGAAUAGGUCUACAAAGUACUUUGUUGAGUGUACUGUUAUUUUCGUUACUCUUAAGGAAUAACAAAUAAGCUGUUACUUAUGUUUAAUGUUUGUUAUUCCUGAAUUUUAGAGCUUUAAUUUUAUUUAUAAGUAGAAUCUAUGUGAAUAAAAUGUUUUAUUACAUUUUUUAUUCCAGUUUUUUGUACUGUUGUAAAUAAAAAGUUUAAAUUUUUAA